UCCUGUCCUUCAACCUCCGGCUGGAAAACGUGUGUUUAUAAAAAAUGUGGAGCUGCCUCCGAGUUAAAAACAUCGUAUAAUCUCCUCCGUGUUUGGUUCUUUAAACAUGGGUAAACUAAACGUCGUGGUUCUCAGGUACCUGUCCCGGGAUGACUUCCGGGUCCUGACCGCGGUGGAGAUGGGAAUGAAAAACCAUGAAAUCGUCCCGGUCAGUCUGCUGGCCUCCAUCGCCAGCCUCAAGCACGGAGGCUGCAACAAGAUCUUAAGAGAACUCGUGAAACACAAACUCCUGUCCUACGAACACACAAAGACUGUGCACGGUUACCGGCUGAACUACGGGGGCUACGACUACCUGGCGCUGAAGACCUUCUGUGCCAGAGAGGUGCUGCUCUCUGUGGGCAACCAGAUGGGCGUCGGGAAGGAGUCGGAUAUUUACAUCGUCGCCAAUCCUGAGGGGGAGCAGUACGCCAUGAAGCUCCACAGACUGGGCAGAACGUCCUUCAGGAACAUCAAGAACCAGAGGGAUUACCACAAGCACAGGAAGAACAUCUCCUGGCUCUACCUCUCCCGCCUCUCCGCCAUGAAGGAGUACGCCUACAUGAAGGUGUUGUAUGAGCGAGGCUUCCCUGUCCCCAGACCAGUGGACUACAACAGACACGCUGUGGUGAUGGAGCUCAUCAACGGAUAUCCAAUGUGUCAGAUCCGGGAGCUGCAGGAUCCGCCCGGUCUCUACAGCGAGAUCAUGGAGCUCAUUGUCAAGCUGGCCAAUCACGGCCUCAUCCACGGAGACUUCAACGAGUUCAACCUGAUGUUGGACGACACCGACCAUGUGACCAUGAUCGACUUCCCCCAGAUGGUUUCCACGUCCCACUUCAACGCAGAGUGGUACUUCGACCGAGAUGUCAAGUGCAUCCGAGAUUACUUCGCAAAACGCUACCACUAUGAGAGUGAGCUGUACCCGACCUUCAAAGACAUCAGGCGGUCCUGCUGUCUGGACGUGGAGAUCUCAGCCAGCGGCUUCACCAAGGAGAUGGAGAGGGACGGAGAGCUGCUGCACCCCGCCGGCCCCGAGAGCGAGGAGGACGACGAAGACGACGAUGAGGAGGAGGAGGAGGAGGAGGAGGAGGAGGAGGAAGGGGACUCAGAGAAUGGAGAGGUGCAAGGCGUCGACAUGGAGGAGUACAAACACGUGAUGCUGGAACUGGACGGGCUGAAACUGGAAGAGACACAGACGGACUCACGGGACGCAGAAGAGAAGGAGGGUGAGACUAGAGAAGAAGAGAAGGAGGGUGAGACCAGAGAAGAAGAGAAGGAGGCGGAACUGGUGACGGAGAAGAAGGCAGAGCUGGAAGUGGAACUGAAGGCGGAACUGAAGGCGGAACUGGCGGUCUGCAGCGCUGAAGAGGGCAGAGAAGAGUCUGGUGAGCAUGAUGGAGGAGGAGGAGGAGAAGGAGAAGAGGAGGAGGACCGGUGUCCAGAGCUGCUGGACCUGUCGGCCGCCAACAGAGAGUUCAAACCGUUCAGAGACGCAGACAGCAUGCUGCACCUGAACGAGCACCGCAGGAGAACGGACAGCGAGGGCACCGUGGGCAGCGUGGGCAGCUGCUCCACCAUACCGCCCGAGGUGGUGCGUCAGAAGGUGCGCCGCCAGCUGGGGAAGCAGCAGAAGUCGGCUCAGAGGAGGCGUCUGCAGAGGGGCGAGGCCAGCCUGCAGACCAAGGCCCGGAGGGAGACCGACAGCGUCAUCAAGUCCAGCCUGGAGUGCGACUCCUUCUGGGGCUGA